CAUCGGGGGUGGAUCAUGACAAGGAUUUGAAACGGAUGAAGGCGAAUUUUGAGGAUUUGUGUGUUAAAGAUAAGAUUUUGGUGUCUUUGAAGAGGUUGUUGAAUGAGUGGAAUCAAGAGUUGGAUGAUGUGACUGAGGCAGAGAAGAGGACAGCCAAAGGAAAAUCCAUGGUUGCGACGUUUAAGCAGUGUGCGAGGUACUUGAAUCCGCUUUUCAAGUUCCGCAGGAAGAAGGUUCUUCCAGAUAAUAUUCGACAAGCGUUGCUCCUUGUUGUUGAAUGUUACCUGAAGCGAAACUACCUAGCUGGAAUGAAUCACUAUAUCAAAAUGGCUAUUGGAAACGCACCCUGGCCUAUUGGUGUUACUAUGGUUGGUAUCCAUGAAUGUUCUGCUUGUGAGAAGAUCUAUACCAACAACGUGGCCCAUGUUAUGAACGAUAGACAACUCGCAAGUAUUUGCAAUCAGUCAAAAGAUUGAUGACAUUCUGGCAACGUCGCUACCUGUCACGGGAUAACAACUCGUUUUUUGUUUCGAGGCUACUUGUAAAGGCGUUGCUACUACAACCAACCACUCAAUCUCAAGAACAAGCGACAGAAACUCAUACAGAAGGUACACACGAAUUUAUUGGGACAACACUCCCAAACCUUAUAUAUUGAACUCAACAAUUUAC